GGCGGCAGCAGCAGCGGUGGCGGCAAUGGCAAAAGCAGAAGCAAAUACAGCAACAGUAACAACAACAACAUCAACAACAACAAUAAUGGAGGUGGAGCAGGGGUUUAUGGCAGAGGCGGUGGUUGUGGUAGAGGAGAGGCAAGGAAUGGGCGAGAUUGGCGAGAAGGGUGGGAUGGUUGACAACAACAAUAACAACUUCAACAACGGUGGCGAGCAGCGAAUGAGCCAACUGGGUGAGACGGGCAUGAAAGAGGAUAACAACAACAACAACAACAACAACAACAACAACAACAACGAGAUGGAGGAGAGGGGAGACAACGCAGACAGCAACAACAACAACAACAACAACAACAACAACAACAACAACAACAACAACAACAACAACAACAACAACAACAACAACAACAACAGCAAGGCCGGCGAAAACAACGAGAUGGUUGAGAUGGAAGAGGACAAUGACAACAACAACAACAAUAACAAUAACAACGAUGGGUCAGUCAGUCAUAUCUCCCUGUCACUUUUGUCCAGGUCAGGAGUUAGCACGACUCCCUACAGCAAGGAGCAAGAGGAGAGAGCUGCCGCCCUUCUGCGUGAGAGGAAGGAGAAGAUGGAGAAGAUGGAGUUGAUCAGACAGGCCAAGAUGUUGGCCCUGCUGGAGGAGCAGGAAGCAAAGAAGAGGCAGAUGGAAGAGAAGGAGAUGGAGAAGUGGACGAAGGAGAAGGAGGAGAAGAUGGCAGCCAUUCAAGCGGAGGAGGAGGAGGAAGAAGAAGAAGAAGAAGAAGAAGAAGAAGAAGAAGAAGAAGAAGAAGAAGAAGAAGAAGAAGAAGAAGAAGAAGAAGAAGUGGUAGAGGAAGAGGUACCGUUGGAGAGACGAAGAGAUGGAGCAAGCACGAGUAGGGAAGACGAGAUUGCAAAGAUUGCACAGGAGUGGGCCACACAUUUGGAGUUGGGGGAAGACAGGGAGGCCGAGUUGGCCAUACCUUAGGAAGAGAGAGUAGCGGCAAGGAGGCAAAUUGAGACAG